GCCGCUGUUGUUCCUGAACGAAGUCAUGCUGUAGCUGCAAUUCCCGCAUUACCCAGAUACUUGGAGGCUGGAGCUAAUGUGUGUCAGCGGAUCGUCUCUGGAAAGUAAAACUCGAGAUAAGUGUUCCGGCGGAAUCGUCUUGCUGAGCUUUACCCAGACUUUUUUUUUCUUUCUUCGUCCACAGCGUACUCUUCUUCUUCUUCUUCUUUUUUUUUUAACUGAACCGAAACUAAGGAUAUGCUUCAACUUUGAAAGUUUCCCAACCUGAAAUAUGGUUCUAACUGUGCAGCUUUGCACGUUAAGCCACCGUCUGUGACGGGAUGAGAAGCGAUCCGCCUUAUUCUGGGUAGACUUUACGGUGGAGACGUUCCCAUGAAGUCAGUUUUACACGCUUGGGUGAAAUUAAGUUGUUGCCAUCAUUAAUGGAGCGGGUUCUACUUCUGAUAUGCUGCGAGUUGAUCAUAGCCAUCGGUUCUUGUGGUGGAUCUCCGAACCAUAACCAUCGCCCCGUGUGCUGGAAAGCCAUCCUCAGAUGUCAGGGAGAAGCUGAGUGCCGUUACGCGUACGACCAGUACCUGCACGCCUGCGCGUCCGUCAUCAGCGGCGUGCGCAGGAAGUGUCCCAGCCACUGCAUCUCAUCUCUCAUCCAGCUCAACCUGACCCGGCACGGCCCGGACCUGGAGGACUGCGACUGCGCCGCGGACCCGGUGUGCCGGAGCACCCAGCGAGCCAUCGACCCGUGCAUGCCGCGGACCAGCACCAUGGGCUGCACCGAGGCGCGGCUACAGUGCGAGACGGACCCGGCGUGCAGCUCGGCGAUGGCGGACUACCUGUUCCACUGCCGGAAGCUUUUCGGGGGCCAGAGGUGCUCGGAGAGCUGCCGCAAAAUGAUCGCCAAAAUGCGCUCCAUGCCGAGGGCGCAGCAGCUCGACGCCUGCGUCUGCGACGGCACCGACAGGAACAUCUGCGAGUACAUCAAGCUGAGCAUGAAGACUCUGUGCGCGGAGUCCGGCGACAGGUUCGCGGGCAGCGGAUUCGGAGACUCCGAGGAGGACACGAAGGAAGAUGAUAUUUACCAGUAUUAUUAUGUGGAGAACUCCGGCAGCUCUCCAACUUAUCAAACACAUCUGAAAACUUUGACCUUCAUGGUGGCUGUCGCAGGAUUCAUCUGAAGGACUGUUAUCAACAGUUAUUAUUUAUUAUGUGGUAAAAGGACAUUCGACCAGGGCCAGUCCAAGGAAUAUGGGGGCCCUGAGCAGAACUCCAUUUGGGAUCCCCACUUGCAGCUAACCCCAUAUACCCUAGAGAGCUAGGGAGGAAGGCAGAGUUUAUAGUUAAAGGGGUAAAGGUCACCGAAAUGCAACUCCAGUUCAGACACAUUCAGGGAAAAAAAUUUUUUUGCAUUAAAUAUGACCCAGUUAAUGGUACUUUUAAGCUAUGAAGGUUAUCAUUUGGAAUGCAGAAAUGUUGUUCAUACAGUCGAAUCAGAUUUUAAAAGUUGAGAAAAUUCGUGGUUUUGUGUUGCUAACAGUAGUUAGCACCAAAACUAGUAGCAAUUUCAAUUUAGCAUACUCCCAGUGUUACUUUACAAAGGGUGAUAAAGGCAUCAUAUUCUGUGCAAUAAGAACAUUUUCCUAAAAACUACUAAACUCAGCAGCAGUUUAUUCUAUAUUUUUGACUAAAAUCUAAUUGUAAGAUUGAAAAUAGUAAUAAAGAAAUGCCACAGGUGAAAUUGUUAAAUGUGUAAUAAGCAGGAUGCUAAAUUAUUUUUGCAGCAGCUGAAAUAAUAAUUGCUUUUCUGCUUUAAAUAAAAGUGAUAUCUUGUACAUUUUGUUUUAAGACAAAAUGUACAUGUGUUUUUUUUUUCAGAGUAAAGUCCAAUUCUCUUAGGACCUCCAGACCAGCAGAGGGCCCUAGGCGGUCAAAACCGUUUGCUUGUACUUUGGGCUGUCUCUGAAAUAUCAUCUGAAAAUUAGACUUAAGAAAAUUUUUUAUGCUAGCGUGUUAAACUGCACACUUUACAUCAGUGUAUAUUUUGUUGAAACAACACGAUAUCAUAAAAAAAGUUUUUAUAAGAGUUUUUAUAUAUAUAUAUAUAUAUACAAAAAUAUAUGAACGAGUUGCACUGUAUGACCAGGUGAGCCCCACCUUUGUACAGCCGUGUGUGUUUCACAGAUGAAGAAAGUUUGUGUUGUCUCUAUGUGCCUGAAGUUCCAGAGUAAGCCGUCACUUCCCUUUGAGAGAAACCAAAGUUCAUUUAAGCCACUUAAAUGAGUUUUAACCCCAGGGCAGAUUCUGACAUCGGCUGUAGGAAGCUCUUAGAAUGAUGCACUUGUCUCUGUAAACAUGGAUGUUUGCAUAAGACAGAAGUGUUAAUUCCUGAAGAAUGCAUGUUCAAACAGACCAAAGAAAGGAUAAAUCACACUGCUGGGGAAGAAGUCGUUCAGUUGGUUAGCUUCGUCUUCACUGCCUGUUUGUUUUAAGACUUCAAAUGCACAAAGCUUGAAAAAAAAAAUGCUUGUAAUUUGAUGAGGGGAGAUUUUAUUUACCUGUUAAGAACACAGACCCAUGAAUGUAAAACUAUACUGAAUAAAGUGAUUUUUAAAUGCAA